GGGGGGGCGUGCGCGCGCUGGACGGAAGCAGUGGGCGUGAUAGUACCUAUGUAUGAAAGCCAUGUGGCAGGCCAGUAGCAGCACAAGAAGAAGUUUUACGCACAGCAACACUUGCCAUUGUCGGAGGAAAGUUAUUCUGCUGAAACACAUCAUGCUGCUUCUAAAGGCUUCAGCUCCCUGGCUGCUGGUGGCUUUCCUCGGACAGUUGGUCUCUCUGUCCUGCGGUGCGCGGAAAUCGGAUAGAGCCGUGUCCAAGGUGGGUGUAGCGGGUGGCCGGGGAAAGUUCUCCACAAAGGAAAGGAUGCAGUGCACGUGGGUCGCCAGCGAAGUCAGGGACGCGGUCCAGCUACUGGUCAAAUGCGAGAACCCGGAGGCGCGCGUCACAGGCGGGAUCGCCGACCUGCGCUGUCAAUACAACGCCAAACCCCGGGGUUGCCCGGGUUACAUGUCCGAGCCCCGAAACUUCUGGAAGCAGGUGGCACGCGCGCUAAAACGGCUCCAAGGUAAAGUGUGCAAGGACGAGCGCGCGCUGGUGAGGGCCGGGAUGUGUAAGCGCGCGCCACGAAGUGCGCACUUCAAGCUGGACAUCUCGAGCUCCCGUGUCUCCGCUCAGUCCGGAGACCCGGGGACUCAGCCUCCCCCACCGCCCCCAUCAUCUCACUCCACCUCCACUGCAACGACAGCGUGCACGAGGCGGCGCGCAGACCACGGCAAAACGGCUGAAGAGUACUGCAGCAGCUCUUGGGCCAGCGUGUGCUCUUUCUUCCUGUCCAUGAUGCAAAGCGAGGAGGACUGCUAGCUCCAGGACGCAUGAGCGGCUUUUUUGUGUCUUUUAUUUCUAAUCAGCAAUAAUCAGAUUAUUCUCUGUGCCCAUGCGCACCAGCUUUAGUCUACACAUUUUACUCAGGUGAUGUUAUUUAUGAGUUGAGUUUGACUCAACAGAUCAGAGCUGAAGAUUUUAGUUUCUUGGAAAUGCCAUAAUUUAUGGGUAAUUGUGAAAAGUAUGGAUUUUCUGUGUUACUCUGGCAUUUUUUUUAAUCCUUGUGUUUUAUCCCAUAAGUAGACAUGCUCUAAUUAGCUUCACUGCUCACACAUUCAUCAUCCACAGACUUUUAUUUUGUAUGAUUUCUUUCAUCUUAAUAUAUUAAAAUAUAACAUUGUGAUAAUUUUUACAUGUAUAAUCGAAAAAGACACGUUUAUUGCAUGAUCAGACAUAAUCAGAGCCAUAGAUUGUGUAUAAAGUGUCAGUUUCUCUGUGUGUUUAUGUAUAAUCACCUCAUGUUGUGUCGUUGAAGCGCUGUUCUGAUCCUAGGAUCUAAAACCUAGUCCCUGACCUGCAGACAGGAAACAUUUCAAUGCUUUUGCUAGUAAGAUUAACCGCGCUGCUGUUGUUAAUGUUAAUGUAACUGACUCGAAUGCUUCUUCCACUGCUGUUUGUCUCGCAGAAGUGCUCAUUAUGAUGAGUUGUCUGUUUUCUUCUACCUCUGGUCAUCAUUCAACCACUAAUGGAAGAAUCUGCGUGUUUAUCUUCCACAAAUAAUUUUUUUCCUAUUUGUGUUUCUUGGUCCUUGAACAAUUUGAUAAAAAAUAAAAACAACAAACAUGUCAGAUUUUAUCGUUUCUUGU